AUGGCUCCUGAGCCAGAUAGCAGCGUCAACCUACCACCAGCCCCAGAAGCGGGUAUUACAUCUGGCGCUGGCACAGACAACAACACGACCGAUGUUGCUUCCAAGCAAACCAAUGGUGAUAGCACUCCGGCCAAACCUGUGGAUGCGGACGACCAAUCGAAGGAGAAGAAGUCUCCCGAAGCGACCGAGUCUUCCAAGGAACACAAACCCGCUGAAGAAGCCAAGUCUAGUGAGCAUGCUUCUAUCCUAUCAGAUGCUGGACCCAAGGAGUCAACUGCGGAGAGUAGUAUCGCGCAACCUAGUGCAGGCGAUAAACGAGAGCAUAAACCGGCCUCUACGCCCGCCAGCGCAGCUAAUUCUAAUGCUGAGAACCCGACGGAGCCCGCAAACAAAAAGCAGAGGACUGCUGGAACGCGGGCUCGGAAUGGCAAUACUACAGCACCUGCUACGAAUGGGGAAAAAGCAAAGGCAAGUCGUUCUAAAAAAGCGAAGGAUUAUGUGAAGAAGGUAAUUCCUACGGAUGGUAUUGGUAGUCGAACACGCAGCCGGACUAAGGCAUCCUCCUAA